AUAAUACAACGUUUCCAGCAACACACAAGACAUUUGGGCCAGCUUCAAGCAAAAUGACGUCCCUACACGCACUGUCCCCUGCCAGCAACAUUCAAGCUUCGCGUUGUGUGCGCCGCGCACUCCCAGGCCAAGCUAGGUAUGCAUCUGUACUAGCCACACCCCGUCUACCCGGUCGCCGCACCGCGCCGAGCAGCACGCAGAACGAUGGGCCAAGCCCCUCCGCCAGGCCGGUGGUGCUGGCGCGCUCUCUCUUCGACAACCGGGGGAAAGACGACUUUGGUGACCGCAUCCUUGCGUCGAUACCCUUUCUACUGCCGCUGCUGGAUGGCCUGCCUUAUGCCAAGUUCAUAAUGAUCCAGUACCCCUUCGUGGCCCGUGCCUUCGCGCCCGUGGCCCCCCUGAUGUACAUCUACCACGCAUUCCCCUUCGCGCCGUUCCUGGUGUUCCUGGCCAUCUACGCCGGCAUUGUGAACAACCAGGGCCUGCCGCGCUUCGUGCGCUACCACGCCAUGCAGGCGGUGCUGCUGGACGUGCUGCUCAUUAUCCCGCAGGUCAUCCUCAACGACCUGUGGAAGGCGCCCACCGACCCCCUGGGACUGCAGGCCUACAUCACCGCCUACAACACGCUGUUCCUGUUCACGUCGGUCUGCGCCGCAUACGGCAUUGCCUCCUCGCUGGUGGGCGUGACGGCGCGGCUGCCCAUUGUGGCGGAGGCGGCGGACGUGCAGGUGCGCGACUGAGGGAGUAAAGGCGAGGAGCUGGAGGAGGAGCUGGGGAGGAGGAGGAGCAGCCGGAGAAGCAGCCGGAGGAGCUUAGGCAGAAGCGGGAGCGGAGGCAGAGGAGGAGCAGCAGCAGCAGCAGCAGCAGGAGGGGAGCUGGAGGACCGGAGCUGGAGGAGCAGGGCGCACGGGGGCAGCCGUGGCGGGCGCGCAGGCAGUGCAGGCUGCACGCACAAUGGCGGGCGCUGGCGGGCGCUAGCGGGCUCGGGGCAAGGAUGGCAGCGGCGCGUGGCGGCAGCGCUCUGCACCGGGGUCAGGCGCAGCAGCAGCUGGCAGGUUGCCACGUGCCGGUGUGUGUGUGUGUGCAGCCGGGAGCCGUACUUGCCCCUGCGGCCCGACACGCGAGCUGCACGCCCGGGCGUGUGCAGCACCCCGCACAGGCGGCGGUGGCGCGGGGUGGACACGGGCGGAGGCGGCGGUGGUGCCGGCCUGCCAGGUGGGAGGGAGGGAAGGGCACGAGGUGCCGCCAGCGCUGCUGGGAGUGGCCCGACGCAACGACAGGGAGGGGUGGGGAGCUCGAAGGGUUUGGCGGUUGGCCGGCAGUUGAAAGGCCGCGGCGGCCCCAGCAAAAUUUUGUAGCGUGUACCGGAACCACGCCAGGCCGGCAGUGGGUCAGGUGGGCUGUGUUGUAGUGGAGAGCGGAGAGCGGAGCGAGUGAACAACUUGGAGCGUGGGUCGUGCAAUCCAGGAGUUGCAGGUAGAGACGAGAGAUUUUGACGUGUUGAUUUGAAAAAGCUUCAUGCUUUUGUUUUUGGAGGGUGCAACCUGCAGGGAGGUAGUGAUGUAUGAUACGGUACGGUAUCGUUCAGGGCGCAUUGGUGCGGUGAGUGAGACGACAACACGGAACCAAAGAACGCCUGACAGGGAUAUCGAGAGGCCCGUCGACUGGCACAUAACCAUGUGGCCGAGGGGCCCCAGCCUGCCCCAGCCGCUGUCCCCACUCCUAUCAGAAGUGGACAUGGAUGUGGUUGCACGCUGGCGAGUGAGUGGCGGGUUGCGGCAGCUGUUUAAACAUGUGUAACACAGUGUGAGC